UUGCGACCGAGGCUGUUGGAUUCAAUUCAAAUUAUUAUGAUAAUGGCGUCCGCAGCACGAAAACAGUCUACUAAAGGUGAGAGGAAAUAUUUGGCCAGUAAUCGAUAAAUACUGGAAAUUAUUUUACAUAUGAAGUGAAAGUCAUACUUGAGAAACACAAGACAUACUAAACUACAAAAACACGCCUAAUAUGACAGAAAUUUGAGUUACAAAAUGGCGCCAUUUCUAGCUGAUGGGCGUUACUACAUAACCAUUAAAUUUGUUGCUAUAAGCCUUUUAAUGAGUACUUGUUGUAAUAGUUCGAAAAUACUUGUUUAUCCCGACGAUACAUUCAACAGUAAACAAUUCCAAUAUGUCGCGGGACUUUCUGAGAUUCUAGUAGAAAACGGUCAUGAGGUGACGCUUUUGAAAAACAGUAAAUUGACCCCUAACAGUAAAAGAUCUGAUACGCUGCUGGUCAAAACGUAUGGUGCCCCACAGUCAAUUUCUUUUCAAGAUACUGACGAUUAUCUUUCAUAUUCUGGAUUAAUGUAUCAGUCAAGUGCAAUGCCAAGUGGAUACCUAGAGAGGCGUGUCAGUCUUUGUGAUGCUCUUUUAAGAAGACAAUAUCUUCUGAUUCAGUUACAAAUGGAAGAAUUUGAUGUUCUACUUCUCGACAAUUCUAAUGUCUGUGGUAGAGCACUCAGUGAUUAUCUUAAAAUACCAGUUAUAGUUUGGACUGGUUACAAUUUUGAUUUUGACUGUGAUUUUUCGUAUGAUUGUGUGUCAUCAAAUGUAUGGGCUGAACAUGAGGAAAUCUGGGACAGACUUAAAGCAGCUUUAAGACAAGCAGUUCACAUAAACUUUUACAAACCAUAUUUCAUUUUUAAUCCAAUUGACGACAUAAACAAUAAGCUUCAUAUAAAUCAAGGCAUGUUGGUUUCUGAAACAUUUUUGAGACAGAAACCUUUGUUUAUUGUAAAUAUGGAAUCCAGUGUUGACAUGCCAAAGCCAGCCUUGCCAUUUGCAAUCCAAAUUGCAGGAAUUUGGAAAAAAGAAGAAAUUGACUUACCAAUUGAAAUUAAAGAGUAUUUUGAAAAUGCAGGCCAAAAUGGAGUUGUAUAUAUUGAUGUUGAUUUUGGUAGUAGAUGGCUUCUUACAAAGCAAAUUCUAAUGCUCCUGAAGGUCCUGAACAACCUCGGCCAAAAUGUUAUCAUUCAACACCAACAAAAAUUAGCAUUCAAUUUAUCAUCUGGGUUGAAGUUCAUACCAAAAAGUUUACAUAAAAUCAUACUUGGUCAAAAGCAAACAAAACUAUUUAUCACUACUUGUGAAUUUGACACAAUGCAUGAAGUUGCCCAUUACGGAGUCCCUGUUAUCAUUUUAUCAUUGUUUGGAAAUGAUGCAGCAUACUGUCAAAAUAUCAUCACAAAACACAAAAUUGGAAAAUUGAUCAAUAUCCUACAACUUGGCUACAUGGAUAUCAAACAUGAGGCGAAAGUCAUAAUUGAUAAUGACAUUUAUUUGCAAAAUUCUAAGAGAUUGGCAAAGACGUUUAACAAACAAAUAAAUGGAUCAAGAGAAAGAUUUCUUCAUUGGGUUGAUUAUGUCAUUGAUAACAAAGGUGCUGAAAAUUUGUACAGUAGCUCUACUAUGCAGAUGAGAUGGUACCAAUAUUUCAUGGUGGAUUUAGUUGUUUUAUCACUUGUAUUUAUCCUGGUAAUAUGUCCAAUUUUGCUGUAUAUCUUUUUAAGAUUACUAGUAAUGGUUUGGUCCAGAAGGAAAAAGCAAAAGCAGUUGUGAUUGAUUGCAGAGCUGUUUGAUCCCGUUAUAAUAAUAGUGGUUCCUUUCACAUACAGCAUAUCAAAUCAUUUUUCCAUUGGAGCCAAGAAUAUAAACCUUGUUUUAUCCAGCAAUGACACAAAACCUGAACAACAGAAGACAUAUGAAUUUACAAUUUCCUCUUUUUUGCAUUUCUUGUACAAUAUAAAUUAGUGUCAUGUUUAUUUAGUUUGGUAUAACAUUUUCUCUUCUAUUGGUUUUCAACUCAAUCGUGUCAGAUAAGAAAUUUGUUGCAAUUUUAUUCUUUGAAAUAGAAAAGUAUCAAGGUUCCAAAGAUGAAUAAGACUGUGGAAACAUGAUGUUUCCAGUUGUACUUGCUGUCAAGUAUUGUCUUGUUCACUGUUGGUACUUAAAUUAUUUACUUAUUAUUUUGUUUUUUGGAUAACCACAGACAAUUGAAAUUCUUUAUUCUAUAGAUUUUAUAAAUAGAUUUUACUAUCUUAUUAAGGCAAUGGAUAGAGCAUCCUAGGUCGUAAGGGGCAGGAGUGGGUGGCAAGCUCUUUUCAAAACUGACAAAAAAUUUAGAUGUAAAAAAUUAAAAACAUUGCAAUGCACCAAGAACCAACAACAUUAAACACAAGCUAAUUACUAAUUGGUUGUAGCUAUGUAGUAUUUUGCCCUGGCAUAUGAGGUUUUGUCAGAGCAAAAGUAAAAGCUAGAUUCAAACUCAAAUAACCCAAGAUGCAAAAACCCUAUGAAACCCUUUUGUAAGAGUAGGCUUCCCGAAAAGAAAUUCAUGUAGCCUUCACUACCUGGAGAUACUCAAAUUAGAUUUCAAAUAAUUGCAGAAAUGACUACAGUGAAGCCUUGAUUUUAUCUAUCAAAUUGAGUUUUGGUGCUAUAUUGCAAAGAACAAAACAGUUGAGAAACAUGCUUGCAGUUGCUCGUUAAUUUUCUUGUCUCCUCAUUACUAAAUUAUUUGGGAAAAACUUUGAGAAAUGGAUGAUCUUGAGUAUAAAGAGGCAUAAUUUGACUGAUUUUGCGUAUUUAGAUUUAUUUCACUAUUUCCUUUCUGCUUCUGUGAUAAAAGUUGAAAAGUUCUAGAAACAAUUUCGGUGAUAAUUAGCUGGUUUUAAACAUUGAAGUUGACUGCACAAUAGUUUUGAAUAUGACCAUUGCUUACUUUGUGACUCAUUGUUUUGAAUAAAACUAUUGUUUUCGUGGAACUGAUAACUUUUACAUUCAUGUAACACAAACAAAAGAAUCCUCUCAAUCAUGUAGGUAAGCCUACACCAAUGAUUUGCCUAUCUCUAUGGCCUAUACCAGGUGGGAUUGGAUUUGAAUGCCACCCUACGUUGUCCGAGAAUAGCGCUAAGACAAAAGGCUCUUAUGAUAAAUCGUUUACAAAAGGUCUUUAUUUGCCAGACCGAAGAUGCUAAAAUUGGCAUUCCAAGUAUCUCUUAUCUGGCACAGGUCAUUCCCCUGCAACGUGAUUAGUCAAAAAGAUGCGUCUAUUUUCAAAUGCGAUGCAAUCAAUUCUUUGUUUUUUGCCUCCCACCCUUGCGACACAAUAAAUCUAAGACUGAAAACAAAGAAAUUUGAAAAUCCCUCCUACUGUGGAAUCUUUUCGAAACGCAAUGAUUUGAAAACACAUCGUUUCUGAACCGAGUAGUAAAGGAAAAACUUUUGAUUCGUUCUCAUUUGAAUCACAACACAUCUAUUUCAAAACUUGCUACUUGACAACUUGCACAUAUACGUGGACUGACAGAACUUGCAUCCAACCUUUUUAUGGAUACAAAACAGCGAAUAUGUUUAAAAUGAGUUCACGGUAUAUCUAAA